AUGGAAAUUGAUUUAUUAAAAAUAUUAGCAGUAAAAGAAAGUACUAAAUAUCACAUUGAACAAAUUAAAAAUGAAUUUAAUAAAUAUGAAGAAAUUGUUAAAGAAGAAAGAAAAAAGAAUUUUGAUAUUUAUUAUAAUGAUAUUAAAUCAUUAAACGAUAAUGACUUAGAAAAAAGACUUCAAAAAAUUUACGAAGAAAAAAGGAGGUGUGUUGAAUUAGCUAAUUUAUCUCAAAAAAUUAUUCAAAAUUAUAAAGAAAUUAUUAAUAUUCAACAAGAGUCAAUAGAAAAAAUUAAAGUACUUAAUUUAAAUGAACGUUCUAUUAUUCAAAAAAUAGAAGAGAAUGUAAAAAAAUACCAUACAGAUUUAAUAACUUUAAACCAAAAACCUGAAAACUUUACUAAAACACUUCAAUCAGUUGACCUUGAACAAAUAGAUGGAAAUGAAUUAAAAAUUCAAUCAAAUAAAAAAGAUAAUAUUGUUGAUAAAUAUAAAAAGGAUAAUGUUUGUUAUGAACAAAUAGAUGAAUGGGAUGAUGUUGAUGAUCAUUAUUCUAAUAUCCAACCUAAACAUCAAGUAACCAUUGAUAUGGAAGAUUCUGAUAAUGGUAUUUCACUAAGAGUAAAUAAUGACUCUUCACUGGAAUGGGAAGAUAAAUUUACUAAUGUUACAAAUGAAAUUUAUGAAAAACAAAUGCACUCAUACAAAAAUACAUCAAGAAUAGAAGAAAAUGAAAAAAAACCUUUCCUUUCAUUAGAUAAAAGAAUUGAUGAAUUAAAACAAAAACAGCAUAAAAAAGAAAUUAAACAAAAUGAGAUGGUUUUAAUAGAGAAAAUGAGUAGUAAAAUAUUACAAAAAAUAGGAUUUAAAGAAAUGACAGUAAUUUUCGAUACUUUGUAUGAUGGUUGGGGAAGAAAAUCCUUUAAUAAACAUGUCAUGGGAAAGAAAGGUGUUAUGGGAAUUAUUUUUAAUGGGUCAAAAAAAGCAUUUGGAUUCGUCUUUCAUUCAUUAACAAUAGAAGGAAAAUGGCUUGAUGAUGAGAAAAUGAAAAUUUUUACUAUCAAUUUAAAUAAACCAAUUGAUCUUCAAUUUUCUAUUCAUGAAAUAUUUUCUCGUAACUAUGAUGGAAAAAAAGUUAUUUAUUUUGCCUCCGAAGAAGAAAACGAUGAAAAUUUAUUCUUUCAGAUCAUCGAUAUACUAUUUGUACGUAAAGGAGAAAAUGGACUUGGCCAACUCCAAAUCCAACAAAAUAUUUCAAAGUAUUUUUAUGGAUUAGAUCCAAAGGAUCUAUUAGAUAAAAUGUGUUCAUCACUUAUUGGAACAUUUACUCGUAUUAUAUUUUUUGAAUUAGACAAACCAAUUAAUUAA